GAAAAAAAAAUAAGGGAGAAAGAGAGAGAGAGAGAGAGAGAGAGAGAGAACACAAACGAUACAGAAGAGAAGCGAAGGUCGCAAUAGAGAGAAAUAACAACGCCGCGCACAGAGAUUUUUCCCGGCGAAACGAGAGCAAUACAUAGAGAGAGAGAGAGAUUUAGUGAGAAGCUUUCUUUAGGGUUUUCUUCUCGAUUUCUCUUCCUUUGACCUCGAUCUAAUUCCCUCUUCGUUCUUCGAUAAAUUAUUCACCUUCUUUCUCUUCGUUCAUUCGUAUCUCUCUUAGCUUCCAUUCUAGGGUUCUUGAUCCGUUUCUCUUAGGUUUCUUUAUUUACCCGGGUUGGUGAGUUUAGUCCGGCGUGUUGGGAGAAAUUGGCGAACUUUAGCGGUGAGGUUCUGAAGCAAAAGCAUGAGUAUUGAUUUCCCCGGGAAAGGGGAGAAUUAGUGGGAAGUGUUUUUUGGUUACUGAGAAAUUUGGAUUGGUGUUUUCCUCCAUGAGCGAUGGAGGUGUCGCAUGCAUGCCUCUACUGAAUAUCAUGGAAAAGCUUCCAAUUGUGGAGAAGAAGACGACUCUUUGUGGAGGCAAUGAAAGCAAGAGUGCUGCUACUUCGGACAAUGGUCACACAUCUAUCUCAACUAAGGUUCCAGAGUCUCAGCCAGCUGAUGAUAAUAAACCUUCACCGUCUCAGCCAGUUAAGAAGAAGAGAAUUGUUAAGGUUAUUCGUAAAGUUGUUAAGAGGAGACUGAAACAGCCGCAGAAACAAGGAGAGGUUCUGUCGAAAGAACAGACGACGCAGGUAGUAGUGCAACUCCCUGCGGAGUCACAGUUGCAGCCCAAAGAGCAGGAGGUGAAGAGUGAGUUUAAAGGAGGAACUAGUAGUGGGAAUAAAGAAGUUGAAAACGGUGGUGAUUCUGGGUUUAAGGAUGAAGUGGAAGAGGGUGAAUUAGGUACGUUGAAGCCUCCUGGGGAUUUGGAGAAUGGUGAAAUCUCGCCAGUAAGGUCAUUGCAGAGGAGUGAGAUCGAAAAGGGCGAGAUUAUUGGGGAGACUUGGAAGAAAGAUGAACCUUCCAAGGGUGAGUUCAGUUAUCUAAAAUAUCAUAAAGGGUAUGUGGAGAGAAGGGAUUUUUCCGCAGAUAAGAACUGGAAAGGAGAUAAGGAAGAAAGAGACUUCAGAUCGUGGAGAGAUCCCAGUGAUGAAAUUGAAAAAGGGGAAUUCAUCCCAGACAGAUGGCAAAAAAUGGAUGAUCAUAGUUACAACAGAUCUCGUAGGAAUGGAGUAGACAGAGAUAAAACGUGGAAAUAUGAAUAUGAUUAUGAACGUACCCCGCCUGGUGGAAGGUUUGCAAAUGAAGAUAUCUACCACCGGAGAGACUUCAGAAGUGGGCAUGACAGGGCUACAAGAAUCAGUUCUAAAAUUGUAAUAGAGGAAAAUUUACACAAGAAUGAAUACAACAAUCCCAGUAAUCUUGUAAAGGAGUACUCUUCUACUGUGAACAGAUUGAAGCGACAUGGAGCUGAACCAGAUAGCAUUGAGCGCAAACACUCCUAUACUGAUUAUGGGGAUUAUGGGAGCUCAAAAUGUAGAAAGCUUUCAGAUGAUUGUUCUCGCUCUCUUCACUCAGACCACUAUUCACGGCAUUCUGCUGAGAGGCCGUACAAAGAUUCAUAUUCAUCAAAAACUUCACCUCUGGAAAAGUAUCCUAGAAAGCAUCAAGACGCACCUUUCCCUGCCAAGGCUUUUUCAGACAGGCAUGGACACAGCCCUGCACGAUCUGAUUGGGACCCACAUGACCGGUCUAGGUACUAUGAACACCGGGAUAGAAGUCCUGUCCAUCGGGAGAGAUCACCAUACAUCUUUGAGAAGUCUGCACAUGCUCGUAAAAGGUCUCCACGUGACCGCCGUCACCAUGAUUAUAGAAGAAGUCCAAGUUAUUCUGAGUGGUCACCUCAUGAUCGCUCAAGGCCCAGUGACCGCAGGGACUGUACUCCUAACUAUAUGGAAGAUACCCAGAGUGCUCGUAAAAGGUCUCCACGUGACCGCCGUCACCAUGAUUAUAGAAGAAGUCCAAGUUAUUCUGAGUGGUCACCUCAUGAUCGCUCAAGGCCCAGUGACCGCAGGGACUGUACUCCUAACUAUAUGGAAGAUACCCAGAGUGAUCGUAACAGGCGGAACGGGCAAAGGGAAAUAGGCAGGAAAAGUGGAGUACGGGAGAGGAGGGAUUUUCAGACUGGUACGGAGCUUGAAAAUAAGCACAAAUAUAAGGAUUCUAAUGGAAAAGAGUUCACCUCAUCAAGCAAAGAAUUGCAAGGUAAAAAUAUUCUCUACAACAAUAAUCCCGUGGUUGAGAAAAAUUCCGUCUGUGAUUCAUCCAAGAUUCGAAGUCCAUGUGCAACGGGAAAAGAGUCUGUACAAGUUGGUGAAGCCCCUAAUGAAGAGUUGCCAUCAAUGGAGGUAGAUAUGGACAUUUGCGACACACCACCCCAUGAUCCUGUGGCGGCUGAUUCAUCCUUGGGGAAGUGGUUUUAUCUUGAUUAUUAUGGCAUGGAACAUGGGCCUGCUAAAUUAUCUGAACUCAAAGCUCUUAUGGAGCAAGGCGUUCUUUUCUCUGAUCAUAUGGUUAAACAUUCAGAUAAUAAUAGGUGGGUCACUAUUGAAAAUGCAACAUCUCCUGUGGUCAACAUGAAUUUUCCAUCAGUCGUGUCAGAUGCAGUGACACAGCUCGUCAAUCCUCCUGAAGCUCCUGGUAAUUUAUUAGAAGACAUUGCAGAUACUACAGAAGCAGUGUGUAUUGAGCAAGAAGUUGGAGAUUCCUUGCCUGAAUCAGUGUCCGUCCCAGAAGCUAAUGAAUUUUUCGUAGAGCAUGGUGAAGAUUUCCAGAUUGAUAAGAGGAUUGCAAAUCUCUUGGAGGGUUAUACUAUCACUCCUGGCAAAGAACUUGAGACACUUGGAGAAGUUCUGGAGGUUAAAGUUGAGUUUGAAGAGACCAAAGGAUGUGUGACAUCUGAAGGUAUCACCUGGCGUCACUAUCAAGAGGCAAAUAAAUGGGAUCUGGUGGAUGAAGAGUUGUUGGGAUGUUCAGAGCCCAUGAAAAGGGGGAUCGAAGAAUAUAAGUCAGACGAUGUUUAUGGUUCUGAGAGUGAUGAGAUAGGCAGCUGGUUUUCGGGUCGUUGGUCUUGCAAAGGCGGGGACUGGAUAAGACAAGAUGAAGCUUCUCAAGAUAGAUAUUACAAAAAGAAAAUUGUUCUGAAUGAUGGUUUCCCAUUAUGCCUGAUGCAGAAAUCCGGCUAUGAGGAUCCUCGAUGGCAUCACAAGGAUGACUUGUAUUAUCCUCUCAGUAGCUCUAGGCUUGAACUUCCCCUGUGGACUUUUUCUGGCGUAGAUGAGAGAAUUCAGGCGAGAGGAGUAAAAGCUAGUUUUCUGUCCGUUGUUAGGCUGAACUCUUUGGUUGUUAAUGACCAAGUUCCACCAGUUCCUGAUCCCCGAGUAAAAGUUCGUGGUAAGGAGCGGUGCACUUCAAGGCCUGCUCGUCCAUCCCCUGCGUCUAGUGAUUCCAAGAGGGAAUCAGUCGAAAGUCAAUCAACAGCUUGCAAUGGUCAAGAUUCGGAGGGACUUUGGAGAACUGACACAUCUGUUAACACUCCUAGGGAUCGGCUGUGUACGGUCGAUGAUUUGCAAUUGCAUAUGGGUGAUUGGUUCUACACGGAUGGGGCUGGGCAAGAACAAGGACCUCUGCCAUUUUCGGGGCUCCAGAUAUUGGUGGAUAAAGGUUUCAUUAAGAGCCACAGCAGUGUCUUCAGGAAAUCUGAUAAAAUCUGGGUCCCUGUUACUUCUAUCACAAAAACUCCUGAAACCAUUGCCAAGCUUCGGGGGAAAACCCCAGCUCUGCCUUCAGAUUGUCAAGGCCUAGAGACACAGGGUUUCAAGCGUUCUGAAAUGGACACAAGUCUAAACUCGUUCCAUGGUAUGCACCCUCAGUUUCUUGGUUAUUUCCGUGGGAAACUUCAUCAAUUGGUUAUGAAAACAUUCAAGAGUCGGGAUUUUUCCGCUGCCAUAAACGAUGUUUUAGACUCUUGGAUCCAUACAAGACAGCCUAGAAAAGAGAGUGAAAAGUACAUGUACCAAUCUUCAGAAUUUGAUUCUUGCUAUACGAAAAGAGCUCGCUUGAUGGCUGGUGAAAGUGGAGAAAAAUUUGAAACGGAAGAUACACAAAUAUUUCAGAAGGAUGAGUUGACAUUUGAGGAUUUAUGCGGGGACGUUGCCUUCCAUGUUGAAGGAAAUAGAUCCCCUGGCACUGUGGGGAUUUACUGGGGUCUGUUGGAUGGCGGUGCAUUAGCACGGGUGUUUCAUUUGUUGAGAUAUGAUGUAAAAUCACUUGCAUUUGCUUCCAUGACUUGUAGACAUUGGAAGGCCACUAUUAAUUCAUACAAAGAUAUUUCAAGACUAGUUGACUUAUCUUCUUUGGGUCCCAACUGCACAGAUUCUAGGCUCAGGAGUAUCAUGAACACUUACAAUAAGGAGAAGAUAGACUCGAUAAUUCUGGUUGGUUGUACAAACGUGACUGCCAGCAUGCUUGAGGAAAUUCUUCAUUCAUUUCCCCGUAUAUCUUCUGUAGACAUCACAGGCUGCCCCCAGUUUGGAGAUUUGACAGUGAAUUAUACAAAAGUAAGUUGGCUCAGAGGCGAGAAUACUCGAUCAGGUGAAUUGCAUUCCAGGAUAAGGAGUCUGAAGCAGACAACAGAUAUUGCUAAAUCUAAGGGAAUAGGGGGCGAUACAGAUGAUUUUGGUAACCUUAAGGAUUACUUUGAUCGAGUAGAAAAGCGAGAUUCAGCCAAUCAGUUAUUCCGAAGAAGCUUAUACAAACGCUCAAAAUUGUAUGAUGCAAGGAGAUCAUCAGCGAUACUAUCCAGGGAUGCUCGUAUCAGGCGAUGGGCAAUUAAAAAGUCAGAACAUGGGUAUAAGCGAGUGGAGGAAUUCCUUGCUUCAAGUCUUAGGAGCAUCAUGAAGCAGAAUACUUUUGACUUCUUUGCUUUGAAGGUUUCUCAAAUCGAGGAAAAAAUGAAAAAUGGUUACUACGUUAGUCAUGGAUUGAGAUCUGUCAAGGAGGAUAUCAGCCGGAUGUGCAGGGAAGCAAUUAAGGGUAGGAAUCGAGGGGGCUCGAAAGACAUGAACCGAAUCAUCACACUGUUUAUUCAACUUGCCACGCGUUUGGAAGAGGUCUCUAUGGUUACUUCUUCAUAUGGAAGAGAUGAACUAAUGAAGUCAUGGCAAGAUGGCUCAGGGCUUUCAUCAGCCUCUAAGUACAACAAGAAGUUGAGCAAAACAGUAACUGAAAAGAAGUACAUGAGCAGGACUGGUGACACAUUUGGUGUAAAUGGUGCUUCAGAGUAUGGAGAAUAUGCAUCUGACCGAGAAAUCAAAAGGCGCUUGUCUAAAUUAAAUCGUAAAUCCUUUAGUUCAGGUAGUGAAACAUCUUCUGAACUCUCUGACAAUGGCAAGAGUGACAAUUAUAGCUCAGCUUCGGCUUCAGAAAGUGAAUCGGACAUCCGUUCAGAAGGUCGAUCACAGGACUUGCGCGUCGAAAGAUACUUCACAGCAGAUGAAUCCUUUGAUUCUGUGACCGAAGAGCGUGAAUGGGGUGCACGUAUGACCAAAGCUAGUCUUGUACCACCCGUUACUAGGAAAUAUGAAGUGAUUGAAAAGUAUGCAAUUGUCGCGGAUGAGGAAGAAGUGCAACGUAAGAUGCGGGUUUCUUUGCCAGAGGAUUAUGGUGAGAAGCUUAAUGCACAAAGAAAUGGCAUUGAAGAGUUAGAUAUGGAACUUCCUGAAGUUAAGGAGUAUAAACCAAGAAAGAGUCUUGGCGAUGAGGUUUUAGAGCAAGAGGUUUAUGGAAUCGAUCCUUAUACCCAUAACCUCUUACUUGAUUCAAUGCCCGGAGAUUUGGACUGGUCACUGCAGGAUAAACAUUCAUUUGUAGAAGAUGUUAUCUUACGUACCCUGAACAGGCAAGUUCGGCUGUUUACUGGAUCUGGAAACACCCCUAUGGUAUUCCCUUUAAGGCCUGUGAUUGAAGAGCUCAAAGAGAGUGCUCGUGAAGAGUGUGAUAUACGAACGCUGAAGAUGUGUCAAGGCGUUUUAAAGGAAAUAGAAAGUCGUUCUGAUGAUAAAUAUGUUUCUUAUCGGAAGGGCCUCGGUGUUGUGUGCAACAAAAAAGGUGGUUUUGGAGAAGAAGAUUUUGUUGUUGAAUUUCUUGGAGAGGUUUAUCCUGUUUGGAAGUGGUUUGAGAAGCAAGAUGGGAUUCGUUCCUUACAGGAAAACAAAACUGAUCCUGCACCAGAGUUCUACAAUAUAUAUCUCGAGAGACCAAAGGGUGACGCCGAUGGAUAUGAUUUAGUUGUUGUUGAUGCCAUGCACAAGGCUAACUAUGCAAGUCGAAUUUGUCACUCUUGCCGACCGAAUUGUGAAGCUAAGGUUACUGCAGUGGAUGGACACUACCAGAUUGGUAUCUAUUCUGUACGUUCUAUUGAAUAUGGCGAGGAGAUAACUUUCGAUUAUAAUUCUGUAACUGAGAGUAAGGAAGAAUAUGAAGCGUCUGUUUGCUUGUGUGGUAGCCAAGUAUGCCGUGGAAGCUACUUGAAUCUCACUGGUGAAGGUGCAUUUCAGAAGGUAUUGAAGGAUUGGCAUGGUCUGUUGGAUCGACACAGACUGAUGCUGGAAGCUUGUAUACUGAAUUCAGUUUCAGAAGAAGAUUAUCUUGAGUUGGGAAGAGCUGGACUGGGAAGUUGUUUGCUGGGUGGGUUACCAGAUUGGGUGAUUGCAUAUUCUGCUCGUCUGGUGCGGUUCAUCAAUUUCGAGAGAACAAAGCUUCCCGAGGAAAUUCUUAAGCACAAUCUAGAAGAAAAGAGGAAAUACUUUUCAGAUAUACACCUUGAUGUUGAGAAAAGUGAUGCUGAGGUUCAGGCUGAGGGUGUCUACAAUCAGAGGCUCCAAAAUUUGGCAGUUACACUUGACAAGGUAAGAUAUGUUAUGAGACAUGUGUUUGGGGAUCCCAAGAACGCCCCUCCUCCGCUUGAGAGGCUCGCUCCUGAAGAAACAGUCUCUUUUAUUUGGAACGGGGAUGGCUCCUUAGUUGAUGAGCUUCUUCAGAGCUUGUCACCACACGUGGAAGAAGGCAUUCUUAAUGAACUCAGAUCCAAAAUUCAUGCCCAUGAUCCAUCUGGAUCUGCUGAUGUCCUAAAGGAACUUCAGAGAUCGUUACUUUGGUUGAGAGAUGAGAUCCGAGAUCUCCCAUGUACAUACAAGUGUCGGAAUGAUGCCGCAGCUGAUUUAAUUCACAUAUAUGCUUAUACAAAGUGCUUUUUCAAAGUUCGGGAAUACAAGUCCUUUAUCUCUUCUCCUGUACACAUAAGUCCGUUAGAUUUGGGGGCGAAGUAUGCUGACAAGUUAGGUGCAAGUAUCAAGGAGUACCGGAAGACUUAUGGCGAGAAUUAUUGUCUUGGGCAGCUAAUUUACUGGUACAACCAGACAAAUAGUGAUCCAGAUCUUACAUUGGUGAGAGCAACCAGAGGUUGCUUAUCAUUACCCGAUGUCGCCUCCUUCUAUGCAAAGGCCCAGAAACCAUCGAAGCAUCGUGUUUAUGGCCCAAAGAUGGUGAAAACUAUGGUUUCACAGAUGUCUAAGCAACCUCAAAGACCGUGGCCACAGGAUAAAAUAUGGACGUUCAAAAGCGCCCCAAGAGUAUUUGGAAGCCCGAUGUUCGAUGCUGUCCUUAAUAAUAACUCAUCACUUGAUAGAGAACUGUUGCAGUGGCUAAGAAAUAGACGGCAGGUCUUCCAAGCGACAUGGGAUAGUUAGGUAAAAAUCUUCUCUUUAAUUUAGCAAGUUGCCCUUUUGGGAAAGCGAGCAAUCAGGGCAACACAUAGUUACUAUAAAUAGUCUCUUAUCCAUGACCAAAGCCAUUCACUUCAAAGGUCUCAGCUUUCCCCUCAUUCUUGUGUAUAGCUUUGCCAUAUAUGUGAUUUUGGAAAUUGAUAAUAACUUUGGGUUAGGGCGAUCGUUAUAUUCCUGGUAGAUUAGGCUCACAUAAUUUUCAGAGAGGAGAAUCAUUUGACUAGGGUCUCUUCUGUUUUUUUCCUUUACUUUUUUUUCUUUUUUGUUACCUUAUAUUAAUAAAUAGUUAAUCUAUUCGUGUUCCUGAAUCUGUUAAAGCUUGGCACCAAAAAGAAAUGGAAAAAGAAAAGUUGAAAUAUAUAUUUUGGAAGUUUGUAUGCAA